UGGCGGGAUUGGAGAAGAUGGCGAGUGACAGUGGGAAGUACAGGUCCGCAAUUAGCAAAAGUAAAGAUCCCUCUGGUUUACUUAUCUCCGUGAUAAGAACUCUGUCAACCAGCAAUGAUGUCCAAGAUCGAGAAGCUGAAAAGGGUCGUUUGGAGGAAGCUUAUGAGAAAUGUGACCGUGACUUGGAUGAAUUGAUUGUUCAACAUUACACAGAACUUACCACAGCGAUCCGGACAUACCAAAGCAUCACCGAACGUAUCACUAGCUCACGUAACAAGAUUAAGCAAGUGAAAGAGAAUUUGCUUUCAUGUAAAAUGCUGCUGCACUGCAAAAGAGAUGAAUUACGUAAAUUAUGGAUUGAAGGAAUUGAACAUAAGCAUGUCCUAAACCUGCUGGACGAAAUUGAGAGUAUCAAACAGGUACCUCAGAAACUGGAGCGAUGCAUGACAAGCAAACAUUAUCUUCAUGCCACAGACAUGCUGGUGUCUGCAGUCGAUUCUCUGGAGGGGCAGCUGCUGCAAGUGGAAGGGCUGAGUGACCUACGCCUAGAGCUCCACAGCAAAAAGCUGAACAUGCACAUGGUCCUAAUUGAUGAACUACACCGCCACUUGUACAUUAAAUCUACAAGCCGCGUAGGCAACAAAAACAGGGAUAAGAACAAAAUUGGCCUGCUUGGGAAGGAUAUAUCUCCUGCUCCUCUUAUUGACAUCAGCUUGGUAUCAACGUCACGGAAAUUUAUUGAUGCCUCACAGUACAGUGGCUCGGGGAGUACAGCUGUAAAGGAGGUAAACCUGCAAGACAUUAAGGAGGAUCCAGAGUGCGAUCCAGAAGAGAACAGCAUACUUUUCAUGGGAAUUUUGAUAAAAGCUCUGGCAAAAUUAAAAAAAAUUCCAGAGACAGUCAAAGCAACUAAAGAACGUUUCAAUCAAGAGCUGGAACAGAUUGUGAAGCGAUCAACAACCCAGAUCGCAGAUCAUGCUUAUCAGCGUGGUGAAAUUGUGUCACAGGAGAAUCAACCAAGGUUAUUACUGGAACUGCUAGAAUUAUUGUUUGAAAAAUUCUUUGCUGUAGCUGCUGCUCAUAAAAUUGUUCUCGGCUACCUUCACCAAAUGGUUGUGUCGCCUUCUGGUUUGAACAUGAGUGAAAUCAAACUGUAUGACAUGGCAGAAGUGUGGGCAAGGAUCCAGAAUGUGCUUCAGAUACUGUUGACAGAAUAUUUAGAUGUGAAGAACACUCGAACUGCCUCUGAACCUUCAUCACAGCUCAGUUACGCCAGCACUGGGAGUGACUUUGCAGCAUUCUUUGCCAAAAAGAGACCUCAGAGACCCAAAAUUCCUCUUUUUAAAUUUGAAUCAUCUUCGCAUGCCAUCAGUAUGAGUGCGUACCUGCGUGAACAGAGACGUGAGCUGUAUAGCAAGAGCGGAGAGCUACAAGGUGGGGCUGAUGACAAUCUAAUUGAAGGAGGUGGCACAAAGUUUGUUUGUAAACCCGGUGCUCGGAACAUCACAGUUAUCUUUCAUCCAUUAUUAAGGUUUAUUCAGGAGAUUGAAGGGGCCAUGUGGUCAGGCUCUGGUAAACAGUGUCCUCUGCGAGAGUUCCUCACCAUGUACAUCAAGAACUUCUUCCUAAAUCAAGUUCACCUGGAUGUUAACAAAGAGAUUGAGGCUGCAACCAAAGUAGCAGAUCCUUUGAAAGUGCUGGCCAGUGCUGAUACGAUGAAAGUGUUGGGAGUGCAACGGCCCCUCCUUCAGAGCACCGUGGUGGUGGAAAAAUCGAUGCAGGACCUGGUCAACCUGAUGCAUGACCUGAGUGCCUACUCUGACCAAUUCCUGAACAUGGUGUGCGUGAAACUACAGGAAUACAAGGACACCUGUGCCCUGGCCUACAGGAGCAUUGUUCAAUCAGAAGAGAAACUGGUCAUUAGUGCAUCAUGGGUAAAGGAUGAGGACAUCAGUCGGUUGCUCACAUCCCUCCCAAGCUGGACAAACAUGGCUCAACCUAAACAGAUGAGGCUUAAGCGAGAAGAUGAGGAAGACUUUACAAGAGCUGCUAAUGCCAAGGAGUCUGAAGUCUUGACUGGCAAUUUAGGAGACAAGCUUAUACCACAAAAUGAAAUCUUACGAGAUGUCAGUGACCUAAAGGCUCUGGCAAACCUGCAUGAGAGCCUGGAAUGGUUAGCUGCACGGUUAAAGGGCUUCUUCUCCAGUUUACCUACAGUUCAGUCAUUUUCUCCAGGGCAAGACGUCCAUAUAAACAUGGAUAUUCCCCCUGUGUCUGAGCAGAUUAUGGAGACCCUCAACGACCUUGCAAAGUCAUUUCAAGAAAUGGCUGACCGGUGUUUACUAGUGCUUCAUUUGGAAGUCAGAGUUCACUGUUUUCACUAUCUAAUCCCACUGGCCAAGCAAGGCAACUAUGCCAUUGUUGCAAAUGCAGAGAGCAUGGAUUAUGACCCCCUGGUGGUGCGACUGAACAAAGACAUCAGCGCUAUCGAGGAAGCUAUGAGUGGCAGUUUACAGCAACACAAAUUCCAAUACAUUUUUGAAGGCCUGGGUCACCUCAUCUCUUGCAUUUUGAUCAAUGGUGCACAGUAUUUCAAGAGGAUCAGUGAAUCAGGGAUCAAGAAAAUGUGCAGAAAUAUAUUCGUACUGCAGCAGAACCUGACCAACAUCACCAUGUCUCGAGAGGCAGAUCUCGACUUUGCAAGGCAGUACUACGAGAUGUUAUACAACAACCCUGACGAGCUGCUCAAUUUGGUGGUGGACCAAGGGGUGAAGUACACUGAACUGGAGUACAUUAAUGCCCUAAGUCUCCUCCACCGCAGCCAGACUGGAGUUGGAGACCAGACCACACAAAACAUGCGUGUGCAGCGGCUGAAAGAAAUUAUCUGUGAACAGGCUGCCAUCAAACAAGCCAGUAAAGACAAGAAAAUCACGACAGUCUAGGAAGCUGACAUAAAAGAGGAAAUGGAAAUUUAAUCUUAAAAUUGUUGCUAGGUUCUAAAGCAAGCUGCCAGUAUAUUUGGCAUUUGUUUAGUUGUUCAUACCAAUUAGUGAUGAAAUAUGUACAUAAGUUAUAAAAGGGAAUGUGGCACUGCUGUGCCUUGUUGCCUCCAGAGAAGUAGUGAGGGAUGUUCUCUUUGGAAGAGUUUUAUCUGCUUUAAAAUUCACUAGCCAACUAUAAUAGAAGCUUUGCAUUAAUUAAAAACACACCUCUGCUCCAAAAACACACUCUUUCCACUUUUUCGUCCUUUGGAGUAUCACAGAACUGCCUCAUGCCACAUCUGUGUAAUCAGAGGGUUGGAUUACUAUCAGUGCCACCCAAUGACCAUCUGACAUCCAGCAAUGCCAUCAGUUUCGGGCAACAUCCACCUUCCAUGUUCAUGCAGAGCAAAACUUCCAACAAACUUCCUGCGUAAGGGUAGGUACUCAAACUAUCUGACAUGCUUCCCUCUCCCAGUCUGUUCUGUUGCUAACAACAUUGACAAGUGUGUCCAGUUGACAUUAUUGGUGGGGAUUGUAGUUAGGAUCAGCUACUAAUGAACAACUGACUAUGCAUUGUAGAAUGAUCACCUGAUAUUGUUGCCAUUAAGACAGUUUAUACUGUAUAUAUACCAUUAAAUAUCUCAAGCUGACACCAAAAUGUCAAUGCUAUAAAAGUUCUAAUAUUUGAAUUUAAUACUCAAUAACUGAUGUUUGGAUAGUUUAAAGUGAAUUUGUUAAUUUCACCUGGAGUUUCAAGAUGGUAUGUGACUAGAGAACACAACUAAGACUAAAGCUAAGCUUUAUUAAUGCACAAUGUGGCUAAAGCAUUAUUGUGCAUGUUGUCUCCCGGUUGUAAUUGAAGUUGUUUCUGGGUUCUUUGUAUCUGGGUGUCUGUGCAGUCUUGUGGUGGUUUCUGCACCCAGACUUCAGAACAAGAGGUCCCGGGUGAAAAUUCUGGUCAGCUACUUGCACGCUUUCCAUCUGUGCUGGGUUGGGCAUCGAGCAAGCAACCAGCCACGUAAAACAGACAAACACUAAAGAAACAGCAGGGUUGCUGCCCAAUGCGCCAAACAAGGCACGAGAAGGAACUUGUGUCUGGGUCCAUAAGUGGGAAAUGUAUCAUUCUCUGAUGCUUUUCUCCAUCAUGCAGUCUCACAACAUUCCUUACGUGCCCAACCAAAGACAGAUUCAUAUGUGAUUACAGGAGAGAUCUUCCACUUCACCAAAUACCUAUUACCUGACAUAGAAGACAAUUAUAAAACAUAAGCAAGUGACAAUUUCAAAGAUAACAUCUUGUUGAUCAAACAAAUUACUUUAGUGCAGUGUCAGGAAUACUAUCUACUGUUCCUUGCUGGAUUUAAAAGUGGACCAAAAAUACACACUUGGACCUGUUUUAAAGGCCUUCAUUUUUUCCAAGUAAAGUGACCACUUAGACAUAAAGGGUUUUAAGGAACUUCCAAAUAAUAGUUGUUAAUUCCUUCAUUUGAGACUCACACAUCCACUUUGCUCCAACUGAAAACUGAGCUGGGUACAAAGUCCUUCACAGACAGUCCAAUGGGUAAAAGCUUUCUUGGUGGAACAUGUAGACUCUAGUUCAUGGUGUAGCAUACGUGCAAUUUCUCAUUCUGCUCAAAACAGCAUUUGGGAUAUUAAAACUGGUUCUGGUAAGGAAAGAAAACUUAAGAGGAUGGCCUCCCUGUUCUUUCUUAUUGCUUGUUCAAGAUAUUCAAGCAUGUGGACAUUUGUACCCGGCCAGAGUUAGGCUCAGACUUGUGCUAAUUCCGGUUGGACAGCUAAUGAACCAUAGCUGGGUUUCAUAAAUAAGAUUCAUUACCCAAAGGUGUCAUUGGGCAACAGCUGUUUUGUGGAACAAUUAAUUCAGGUUUUUAUAGAGGUACAGAAUGCAAUGGGAAGCUUUUGGGGAAAUAACUGAAUAAGUUUGCCUUGAAUAUUUAUUUCUUAGAUGAUCCCUAAUUCACAGAAGACAUCUUAUGUGACUGAAUAAAGCAGAGGGUGUCCACAGAUCUGAUAUAAAAACGUGAGAUUUCACAUCAGUGACAGGGUUACAUAAUUAGGCAAAUUUCACUGAAACGAAUGGCUGAAAAUAAGGUUAAUUUAUCAGCGCAGCUAUACUAAGAUUAGAUUAACUGUGUCAACUCCGAUUAAUAAUGAACUUUCAUGCAAAGCUCAUUUUUUUAAUUAUUUCAAAUAUAUUUCUCAUCUGAUUGGUUUAAUCACAUUGUCAUCUGGAAAAUUGAUUGGUGAUGGUUUCAAAAUGAGAUAGAUUUAUGCUAAAAUAAGCAGAAGAAAAGCACACUUUCUAUUCAAAAGACUGACUUCAGCCAGCAAAGAGUUUUAUACAGGAAACGAUGCAGAUGAAUGGUUCAUAUAUACUAAAGAAAUAAUCACUAAAUAUCUUAGGCCUGUGUAAUGAUGGAAUGAUAUUACAUCUUCUUAUCUUCUGAAUGUAAGAACAUAGUCUAUUGUCAGGGUAAGUAAAUUAACCUAAGUUUUCCAAUGACAAUGGAGAUGCCAUUUUUUUCAGUAUCUCUGACUUAAUCUCACCUUCUUGGUUCAUUCGGCCAAUGGACCUGAGGUUGCCACACGUAUAACGAUGGGAAAGUAUGUAGAUGUAGAUUUGGAGGGGUUUUCGAUGUCUUCGAAAUCUAGAGUUCUGAGCUCUGCAAUAGAAGGCCUUUGAGUCAAGCAUACCACAUGGAAUUUAUAAAAGAAUAACAUAUGUUCCAGAAACUCCUGAAUUUCGUUUCUUUAGUGUAUUUGUGCAUUAAAAGGUAAUGUGCCCUUCCCUAAAAGAGGUUGACCCCCUUUGUAAUUCCUAUGUGGCCAACCUUCAGCUGUAUGCAAGAGAGGCACGAAUAUCCGAUACACUCCAGACUGUUAUGGUUUUAUCAACAGAAGCAGCAUAGGGUAGAUCACGCAAGCAGGGCUCUCUCCAAACUUGGGUUAGUCAAAUGCAAAAACAGCACCUGCACAGAAUUAGUACGUAUUGCAAUAUUAUUUAGAUAGGGAAAUGGGUGAUUUGUGAUUAUGACUUCCCUGUACGUCUGUUCCUAACUCCGUAAACUAUAUGAGAUUUUAUGGUGCACUGCAUGACCCAGUGACUAUUCUGUUCUUUAUUGUGUGGACAAAAUACUCUACAAUAAAACUGGAAA